AUGUAUGGUAUUGAGCCCCCGGCAAACGCCGACGACGAAAAUGCGCAAGGGGACGAACACCAGGAUAUUGAGGCCUCCAUCGAAGCAGAACUGAGCAGCAUGAAGUCGGGUGGGAAAGCAGAUAUGAAUCAAACCUUCAAACCAGUCUCAUCCGGCGUUGAGUGCCUAUUCUUCAUGAAGACGAUGGAUCCAGUUCAACCUGGAUCCCUGGCAAAGAGAAUGUGCGAAGACGCCAGGGACUGCCGAGACCAAAGGCAGCGCAAGUGCAAAUACAUCAACCGACUCACACCCGUGGUCAACAUGGACAAAGCCACGGAUAACGGUAUUGUCAAGGUGGCACGUGCUGUGCUGUCACCUUGGUUUGAAUUAAAAGACGAAGAGAAAGGCGAUGCAGACAAAACAAAAGCACCCACCUCAGCUGUUCCGUCCCCCCCUUACACGGUACGUGCUAUGCAUUGGCAUCUGACAGUCUGUGAGAAGCAAUGGAGUCUCGGCAACUAA